UUUUGAGAAUCUUUCACAUCGAAUCAUGUCCUUGACGGCUGAUGAGCAGAAGAUGCUGGAAGGUGUUUGGCCUUUGGAUCUUUUGGAGGACCCAAUCAGACAGCCCCGGGUGGUGACCACAGCUGCAGAAUUCCUUCGAGAGGUCCUGGUCUGUGAGCACCUGGGCGAUUUCAUCGUUUUGCCGAAUGGCAUUGAACUGCUUGGCCUAAGCGAAGAGGAGGUGAUGCCUGAGGAUUUGCUGAAGGUGCUGGAGAACUCGAAGUCGGUGAAAGAACUUUUACAGCAAUUCCAAGCUGCCGGCGUCUUAAAGAUGUGGAUUUGCUGAUGUUUCCGGCUUGGAAGGCCUCGAAACCCUUCUUUCUUGGGUUUGAGAGGUGGUUAAGCUGAGACAUUACAGAUAAAGAAACCAGAGGACACUUUACUUUUUUUCAUCCGAGGGCAUCGCUACUAGGAGCAAGGAAGCUACUAAGGGCUCCUGGCCUUACUAGGAACAAGGACGCUACUAAUUACCACUUGUUAAGACCGGCUGUGCGUUCACCUUUUUUUCGUCUCACACUUUGCCGGGCCGAAAGGCCUUGCCCCCCAGGGGGCCACGUGCUCAGUGGUACGUUUGUACGUUGUAAAAGCUGCGAUUUGAAAGCGUGCAAUGAACCAAAGGGAAGCAGAAACACAUAAAUAGACUUAGUUCCUUUCGUUACUUUUUUAAGAGUUAGUUUCUUCUUUUUAUUCCUUUUUCUUUUUUCUUUGUUUCUAAUAGUCAUGGCCUCCACCCUAAGUAGCGAUGGCCUCCAACCUAGUAGCGAUGGCCUCGAACCUACUAGCAAAGGGAAGACGUAUCAGUUCAUGGCCAUUUCGUUGACAGUUUCGAUCUUGAAGUCUUUUAUGGUCCUAUUCCGUCGACGUGUCCAAUCAGUGCACGUGCACUCACCUUCAGACCUUCAAGGCUUUCGAACGUCAUUUCGGGAUGCCAUAGGGUGCCUGCAAGCACCUGAAAUUUGCGUUCGAAUUGACCCAAACAGAAAAUAGGUGAGUUUGGUUGCAAAGUUUGAAAUGCAUCAAAGCUUUUGAACAUUUUAGCAACUCAACGGCUUUUUUGCUUCCUUUCUUUCAGGAUGAGAAGCUUUUGAGCAAGUAC